AUGGGCUCAUCUGGAGCAUUUUCAUUUCGUCGUCUAACACUUGCACAUUUACACGAUCAACCUGUAUUAUUUCCGCAAGGUCGUCGAAAAUCGUCCAGUUUAAAUCCACGCCCAUCAAUUUCCUCAAAUAAUAUUCCAAUUGAUUCACCGACACCAAGUUUCACACCAUAUUAUCAUUAUCGUAAACCACCAAGUCGACCACCCAGUAGACCACCCAGUAAACCGCCGAGUAAUCGAAAUUCGGCGGCUCUGAGUCGACAUAACACUGUACGAUCACAUCAAUUUCAAUUUUACGAUGGUAUGUAUGUUUUUCGAGUGAAUUCAUUUUUUUCAUCAUCGAAAAAUUUUUUUUCGCUAUUUUCUCUUACCCUAAUCCUAUGUAAUUUUAAUUUACUGCUUCUGAACACAUUUUAUUUUCAAUUUUUUUCCUCAAAAAACAAAUGCCAAUCGUUUAUUUCCAACAACAUCUGGCAUAUUCCGAUGUAUUUCUUGAGCCAUCCAAACUUUUUUUUCUGAAUCACCGCAGAGGUUUGUGUGGUAUGGGAGGAAUUAUUAGUUUCAAUUUUAUAUGUCAAGUGGGAGGGAGAUUUGAACAUCUGGUUGAGAAAUCAAAAUUUUUCUUGAUUUUUUGAAAAAUCAGGGGAUUUUAGAAGUUUCGAAGAUGAACAUUUUGAAGAGAUUCAAACUUAAUUGAACUUUAGAUCGAAAUUUUUCAAGCCAGAAAAACUCCAAAGAUUUUUUCAUGCAGAUUUUAUUCUGAAAAUACUUGUAUGGAUUUUUUCAGAAGAUUUGGAAAUUCUGGAAAUUAAUUUUCAAUAUUUUUUUCAAAGCUGGAAAUUUUUAAGAUAUUCAAGCUUAAUUGAACUUUAAAGAAAGACUUCAAAUCGAAUUUUUUUGAAGCUAGAAAACAUUGUUUUUUCAUGCAGAAAAUAUUUUUGAACUUUUUUUGCAUUUAUAGAAGAUUUGGAAAUUCUGGAAAUUAAUUUUCAAUUUUUUUCGUGGGAUUCAAUUUUUACAAAUUAUGUUAACCGCCGUAUUUUGAAUUUCUUUGAAAUUCAUCGAAGUUCAAUUUGUGAAGUCAGAAAGUCUUUUUUCCAAGAGUUCUAAUUUUAGAAUAUACAUAAUUCCAAUGUGAAAAAAACCUGCAAUUGCAAAUUGUUUUUCUCUUUCUGUUCUUUUGCUCUCUGUUUUUGUGACGUCAUUAAUUUUCAACAUUUUUCUCAAAAUUCCGGAAUUCUAUUAUUCUUUUUUCGAAUUGUUUUGAAUCUUAAUGAGAUCACUGAUUCUAGAACCCCCUGAACUUUCGAUUCAAAUGUCCCUAAGUUUUUGCCAGUACAAACCAAUCCAAUUAAAUACUCUUCCUCCUCAUUUCCAAAAAAAAAAGAAUCAGAUUUCAUUUGCUCAUCAUCUUCAUCUUUCAUCUCGUAAAAGUCUCAUUGAUUUCAAUUUCGCGAAAAAAAACCUCAGAGAAUCAGUGAGAAAAAUAAAUCUCGGAAAAAUCUCGGAAAAAUCAAGCAAAAAAAAAAGGGUGUUGAUAUGAGUAAUUUGAGAAAUAUUUUUUUGCGACUUUCGCGAGGAACACAAACAAAUCAAUUGGCACCUUCUGUCAUCCAUUCAUCUUUUUAUCACUGAAAAUGUUAUUGUUGUUGUUAGCUAGCUAGUUUUUUAUUGUUUUUUUACGAGAAAAAUUGGUGAUCUUGUUACUUGAGAAUGUGAGAAUUGAAGAGAAUCAGGUUUCAGAUUUUGUACAUAAAGCUUGGAAAGGGAUCAGAAUUGAAUCAGGAAAGGCCUGAAAAUUCGAUGAAUUCUGAAGAUUUAAAAAUAUAAUUUCUUCGGCUAGAAAAUUGACAAAUUUCUCACAAAAUUCAGAAAAAAAUCCAGACCCUGAAAGAAAGCUGAAAGCUUUUUUGAGUGCAAAAAUUUUAUAUUUCCUUAUGAAAAUUUAUGAUUUUCUUGGAUUUUUGCACAUAUCAAAAACAAAAUUCUUACAAGAAUUUCAGUCCAAAAAAUCCAGAUUUUUUUUUCACUUCUGAACCCGCCAAAUCUCAUUUGUUCUGGUCUCCUCUUUAAAAAACCAACUCAAUUUUACAUCCCAUCCAUCCAUUUAUUCCACCCUCACUUUUUUUUUCCAAACAAAUCACAAAAGCAAUUUUUGUGCUCGUCCUUUUUUCUCCAAAAUGAGAAAAUAAAAGGGGAAAGAAGAAAGAAAAAAAAAAAGUUUGAAAUGAAGGAGAAAAGAAAUAGAGAGACCAGUUUCGUAUUUCCUUUUUCUCCUCCGGAUAUCGCCAAUUCAACAUUUCUUAUUCUUUAUUCCACCACCACCAUCAUCAUCAUCAUCUUCACACUUUUUUAUUUGUCAUCAUUAAACUCUAUUGUGUUUUUCAAGACCACCCGGUCAACUAAAACAUGCUGACCACAUAGAAAAUAUUCCUCAUUUUUCUACCAAUCAUUAGUUUUUACUGAUGGGCUCGUUAGGAGUUGGCAAGAUUUUUCAAGUUGUUCAGAAACCGCAAUUACGAUUACCUUUAUCGGAUCUUGCGUUCGUUUCAACGCUACCAGAAGAUUGUUUACCUCCCUUGUUUCGAGGUAAAAUAUUGUAUAAAUAAAUAUAUAGUUAUGUGAAAUUUCCGGGUUCCAAAUGAUCAUUGAUCAGAAAAAAAUGUGUUAUAUUUAGAAAUUCGGAUGAAUAAAACCCAUAAUUUGAUUAUUAUGAAGAAAAAAAAAACGAGAAAACCAAAUAGAUGUAUUAUAGAUAAAUGCAAUUUUCAGAAAACAUUGGUCGCGUCAAAUGGGAAGAAUAUAAUCGGAGAGAAGGUAUUGAUGAUGUUCCUGAACAACCGAUUGUUGUUCGAGUUCCAUUAUGGAGGAGGAUAUUGAAGGUGGGGACACUUUUUUGAGGUUUUUCUUGGUUUCUAAAAAUUUGAGCCUAUGUUUUUCAGAAAAAAAAGGAUCAACUUUUUCUAAAAAAAAUUCAACUUUUUAUGGGCUCAGAUUAAUAUUUUGUAGGUAAAAAAAUACCAAAAAAAUUAUUUUUCCGAAAUUUAUAGUUUAUUAUUUUCGAGUAGAGACAACGUGAAACUGAAAGAGCGCUGACAAAAUAUUUAAUUUUUUUAACAAAAAAUAUUGAAAAAACAGAAAUUUGUUCUUCACAUUUACAGAGUAUUUUUUCCAGCAAAGAUUUUUGAGCUUCUUCUAGGUUUCUAAAAAUUUGAGCCGAUGUUUUUCAGAGAAAAAAGGUUUUGCAAUUUUUCCAAAAUUAUCUAUCAAAGAAAUCAAAUCAAUUUUAACUUUUUUUGAUUUGUGCAAUAGCAGGAAGGGUCUCUGAAUAUAGUAAUUUUCAAAAAAAUUUUGUGAAUCAACUUUUUCUAAAAAAAAAUUCAACGGCUAAUGCAUAUUCAAUCUAAAAAAUACCAAAAACAUCAUUUUUCCGUCGAAAACAAAUUGUUUGUGAGUAGAGACAACGUGAAAUUGAGAGAGCGCAGACAAAAUAAUCAAUUUUUUGAACAAAAAAUAUUUUCAGCUUCUUUUUUUCCAGCUCCUUAAAAUCCUAUUACCUCACGUUGGUCUCAAUGUCUUAUUAUUAUCAUAUAUUGCUAUGGGUGCAACAAUUUUUAUUUGGUUAGAAGCGGAUCAUGAACUAAAAGGACGACGCGAAAAAGUUCAAAGUGUGCUUACAAUUUAUCAAAAAAUAAUCAAUGAAACUGUAUCUUUGUCAUCAAAUAUGAGUGAAACUCCAACAAUAAAAGCUCGAAUAUUACCGUUGUUAGAAGAAUUAUCACGUGCUCAUGAAUAUGAUGAUCGAUUUGCCAUUAAAAAACAAUUAUGGACUGGAAAAGAGGAAGGAAUGGAAACAAGGUUUGAAAAAAAAAUAUUCAAAAAAAUAUUUUUUCAAAAAAAAAAAAAUUCCAGAUGGACAUUUGCUGCCGCUGUUCUCUAUGCUUUAACUGUGAUAACUUCGACCGGUUACGAUCAUGUGACACCAGCCACAGAUCCCGGUCGAAUAUUUACCGUCUUUUUCGGUUUGAUAGGUAUCCCAUUGAUGUUUAUCACUGCCGCCGAUAUUGGCAAAUUUCUAUCCGAAAUUGUGAUUCGAACAUAUGCAAAACUGUUAGCCAUGUGGAAAAUGAUAGCGAAUUUAGUCGAAUUGAUUAGGACACAUUUAUUUGAUACUGAUGUUGAUUCUAUUGACUCAAUGUGAGUGUUUUUUUCCAGAAGAAGCUGCAACAAAAACAAAGAUUCUGUUUCAGGGAAUUGAAAAAGAAUAAAAAACGAAGUGGCACAAGUAUUGACGAUGAAGAAUGUGAUGAUGAAGAAGAUCGACUACAACUUCCGAUUGCUAGUUAUUUCACAUUGAUUAUUGGUUAUUGUUGUUUUGGUAGUCUUCUUUUCAAUUAUUUUGAAGAAGGACCAGUGUGGUCUUUUAUUCAUGGUGUUUUUUUCUCAUUCAACACUAUUACUACAAUUGGUCUUGGUAAUAUUCGCAUCCAACACAAUCACUAUUUAGCGGUGAGAUUUUCAAAAAAAAAAAUUGUCAAAUCUUUCCCGGGAUCAAAAAUUGACAGAAAUUUCUGUGAGCAGUCCCAGCGACGUCCGAAGCUAAAAUCUUGUUUUUUUUCUUCAUCUCAAGAAUUUCCGAGCGGGAUUUUUCAUGAAAUUCUGAAUUAACAUAAGUUCUCAAUACAUAACUUGGCUCAGUAAAAAUUUCAAAGGUAUUCCAGAAGUAUUCUAGCCGGCCCUGAACUUUCUGUAAAUUUCAUUUUUUUUAUUUUAAAAAAAUUGGUCCCCUUUUUUCUUUAUAAUUCAAAAACGUUUUCUUUGUUUCUGAAUGUUAUCACCAACAAAACAAUGUUCAUUGCCAUUGGCAAGUAACCCGGAACUAGAUGAAAUUUAUAUUUUCUUGAUAAACAUUUUUUUUCAAAUAAAUAAAUCAAUCAAUAUUUUUUGCAGCUAGCUGUUUCUUAUGUAAUUAUCGGUCUUGCUGUAAUCACAGCUUCUUUGGAUUUAUGUUCUUCGACGUUGAAAAGAACGUUUACCAAACUUCACUAUUUCGGUCGUAAGAUUCGAGGAGCUCGACGUGGUUUUGCUAAUAUGAGCGAUGAUAUUCGAGAAGCUAUGAGGAUUAUAGCAGCGCUCAAAAAGACUAGGUACAUUUAUUAAUUUUUUUUUGGUGUUUUAUGUGUUCAACCCUAGAAUUUUAGGCCAAGCAAAGAUCGAAUAACAUUGGAAGAUUUGAAGCGUUUCUUGGAAGUUCAAGAACAUUUAUUGCGUCAACCGUAUGUGCCGUAUAAUGUGCAUUUAUUGAGAUGGAUUGAGGAUAAUGUCGGACCACAGAUGGUAAAUUUUCAAAAAUGAAAAUAUUGUUGUUGUUGUUGAAUAGUACUGUGAUGUGAACUCAUUAAGUUGAGAAAAUGUGAAACAAAAUGAGUUCAAGAGUGAAAAACAACUUUUCAAGUAAUAAACAAUUUUGGAAGAGACAAAAUUUAAUUUUUGAAGCUCAGCCGACGGGAUUUUCAAAAUAGUUUAAAGAGCAUUUCUCACAUGAAAAAACCCAAUUAAAAUUAAAAAUUACAGAAAAAUGAUUAUACUAUAGCGGAACAAGUAAGUACAGUAGUUUUAUUUUUAUUUUGAUUGCCGCCUGAAAAGCUUGACUGGUUAACUUCUCAGGCCUAGCCUUCUUGGUUCUUCUAAUUUGCUAUUAUUUUCUAGACAUCUAGAUUUAUUUAUCAGUUAACACAACAUCAAUAAAAAUAUGUAUUUCAGUAUGCUCAAUAUAUGGAUGAUGUUUCUGGCAACAAAACUCCAAUGUCACCAUCAAGACUUUCGCACAAAAUGUCAUCAAGUGAUCCAAUGUUAUUUUUCUAA